AUGACCGAUGUACUCGACUAUCUAACCGCCCUUCGCUUCCUUAAUCAAGCUCGCGAUUCUCGACAAAGUGCGCCGGCGCGUAGCGUGAGCAAGACGAGCCAUCGCACUGCGAAGGAUGUGACAGUUGCGCUGCAGCUUUCUGGUGCACCUGCAGCGGUACUUGCUCCUCUUCUCGCCAGCCAGAAGAGAAAGCGUGCUGUUGUCGGAACGGGUUAUGAUGACGAAGGCAAAGAAGAGCUCGGGAGUGGUGAUAUGACGAACGACGAAAUCAUGGCAGAUUCGAACUCCGAUAGUGAAGAUGGCACGGACGAGAAGCGAGAUGAUAGCCGCAACAAUCUCCAGCGAGACGAUGAUGCAAAAGCUGGCCCCAAUUAA